GGCGGCGGUUGCUUGGGCGGGGCCGGUAGCGGCGGGAGCUGCACUGGCCAGAGGUUCCGGCUGUAUUUCCAUGAGCGCCGCCGGCAGCCGCGGAGCUUCGGGAACCGGACUCGGGGCGAGCUGGGCCGCUGUAGGCAACCAGGCACAGCUUUUAGGUUAAUUUGAAUAAGACAUCUGACCUGACCGGCCCAACUGUUCAACUCCUCAAUGAAAAUUAAUAUUCGCAGGGAGGAGUAAGUGACAUAGAUCAAGAUGAACGCCAUGCUGGAGACCCCCGAGCUCCCGGCCGUAUUUGAUGGGGUAAAGUUGGCCGCAGUGGCUGCCGUGCUGUACGUGAUCGUCCGGUGUUUGAACCUGAAGAGCCCCACAGCUUCACCUGACCUCUACUUCCAGGACUCGGCACUUUCACGCUUUCUGCUCAAGUCCUGUCCUCUUCUGACCAAAGAAUACAUUCCACCAUUGAUCUGGGGGAAAAGUGGACACAUCCAGACAGCCUUGUAUGGGAAGAUGGGAAGGGUGAGGUCACCACACCCUUACGGGCACCGGAAGUUCAUCACCAUGUCUGAUGGGGCCACUUCUACAUUCGACCUCUUCGAGCCCUUGGCUGAGCACUGUGUUGGAGAGGACGUCACCAUGGUCAUCUGCCCCGGAAUUGCCAAUCACAGUGAGAAACAGUAUAUCCGCACCUUCGUUGACUACGCCCAGAAAAAUGGUUAUCGGUGCGCUGUGCUGAACCACCUGGGCGCCCUGCCCAACAUUGAACUGACCUCGCCACGCAUGUUCACCUAUGGCUGCACGUGGGAAUUUGGAGCCAUGGUGAACUACAUCAAGAAGACCUAUCCCCUGACCCAGCUAGUCGUCGUAGGCUUCAGCCUGGGUGGUAACAUCGUAUGUAAAUACUUGGGGGAGACUCAGGCAAACCAAGAGAAGGUCCUGUGCUGUGUCAGUGUGUGCCAGGGGUACAGUGCACUGAGGGCCCAGGAAACCUUCAUGCAGUGGGAUCAGUGCCGGCGGUUCUACAACUUCCUCAUGGCCGACAACAUGAAGAAGAUCAUCCUCUCGCACAGGCAAGCUCUGUUUGGAGACCAUGUGAAGAAGCCCCAGAGCCUGGACGACACAGACUUGAGCCGGCUCUACACAGCGACAUCCCUGAUGCAGAUUGAUGACAAUGUGAUGAGGAAGUUUCAUGGCUAUAACUCCCUGAAGGAAUAUUACGAGGAAGAAAGCUGCAUGAGGUACCUGCACAGGAUUUAUGUGCCUCUCAUGCUGGUUAAUGCAGCUGAUGACCCCUUGGUACAUGAAAGUCUUCUAACCAUUCCAAAGUCUCUUUCAGAGAAACGGGAGAACGUCAUGUUUGUGCUGCCUCUGCAUGGGGGCCACCUCGGCUUCUUUGAGGGCUCUGUGCUGUUCCCUGAGCCCCUGACAUGGAUGGACAAGCUGGUGGUGGAGUACGCCAACGCCAUUUGCCAGUGGGAACGUAACAAGUUGCAGUGCUCCGACACGGAGCAGGUGGAGGCUGACCCAGAGUGAGGCCUCCGGACUCAGGCACGCUCCAGUGGCCCUCCUCUGGAACCUCACCUGCUGUUUCAGGUCUCCCAUCUCCCUUAGUGACCUGGAUCUGACCUCACACCAUCAGCGGGGGGGGGGGCCACCCACACGGGGCACCCACCAUGCACACCUGUUUCUAAGGAUGCGGCUAUCCCUGGGAGCUCCAGGCCAUUUUUGUGCUUAGUUAUUGGUUUUCUCCGUUGCAUUGUUAGCCAUGAUGACAAGCGACAGGGUUCUCAUCCACCUGUCCGGUUUCAGUGUCUGGUUGCUUUCAAGCCAAUUAUAUCUAGUUUCCCUAUUAAAAAUGUAUCUGAACAGCAGUUUUGCUUUGCCAAUCAAAGGCUUUUCCCUGAGAACCGUGAAGGAUGUAUGUUACUUUGUGGUGGUUGUAUGUGUCCUUAUGUAGACACUGAAAAGAGCUCACCAUUCUAGGCCAAUGCUGGAGUCACAACUCAGCUUGGGAGCCUGAGGACCUGGGCCUCCCAAGGCCGGAGUAUGGACCUUUAAGUGUCAACGGAAAUUCCUUUGAGGCACAAGCCAAGUUUCUUCCUCACUAUUUUCGAAGACAAUUUCCCCACACUUUGCUGCUGCUGAGAGUUACGUGGGGCACUUGUUAAAAAUUCAGCCUCUCAGGUCCCUCUGCUUAGAGAGGCUGAUUCAGUGGGGCUGGGAAGGGGUCUGGGGAUUUUGAUUUUUGAUAAGUGCCUCAGGUGAUUCUCAUCAUCAGGCAAAUUUGGGAAAUACUGUCCUAUGGCGCCUUUACACUAGAAACAUUUUGGUAGCUCUUUUUUAAAAAAAAUUCAUAGUUGGAGGUGUCCCUUAAUUCUCAGGGGCCUCCAAAGCAGCAAAGCCUGUCGUGUAGCUGCCCUGUGUGAUUGAAUUGUGAUGUCUCAGAAAUGGCCCUAGGUAGAAGUGAGCAUCUGCGCUGCACCCUGGCUCUGCUCAUCACUGGCUAUAUGACCCUGGAAAAGUCCCUUGGGACUCAGUCCAGGUAGACUGCCGAGAUCACUACCAGUUCUAAAGUUCAAUGACAAACUCAGUUUACUGAGGUUGAGAGAACGUUCCCCCAGGGGAACCUGGGAGCUGUUGUCCCAGUCUAAGCUUGUAGAUGUCAUCAUUUGCCUUUCUUUUUUUGUCCCUCAUUUCACAUAAAGAGGUUUUGGGGUCUUUUUUAAUAAAGCACUCAACUGUAAUUUUUAUUUUUUUAACCCAGGUCUCUGUAACUCUGGCUUUUGAUACCAAACAAUUCAAAAGUUGGAUCUGAGCUUGGAGAAAGAUAUUUCUAACCGAAGAGGUUGUUAUUUUGAAACCAUAUUUUUAACGUAAUAGCCUAUAUUUGUGGUCCGUUGGAUAGAUCUUUCCAAAGUGUGUCUUCUCACCUGAAAAUGUCACUCUUGGUUUCAAGUACUCCUUUUCUCUAAUCCUGUGGGACUUGAAUAUCUAAAGACCCUGCACUUGGAAAAAUCAGCAGUUGCUAUCUAGAACUAAACAGAACUAUGAGUGAAGUCGCCUAGAUAUUAAAAAAAUUUUUUUCCCUGAUUCAUCUCCUGUGACUCCAGGACAGACUAAAAUGUAAACAGUGGACCUGUGUGGGUGUAUAAGGGAUGGAUGGAAACACUGAUCACCUGAAUGUCAGUCCUUAUGGCCACAGGUGCAUAUAAUUUGGGCAUUGGUCUGAGUGACUGUGACAGUAACAUCUGUGACCUGAAGAAGCUGUUUUCUGACAAUCACUAGAUCAUCCUAAUCAUAUCAAAAACAGCCAUUAUUUCAAAAGAUUGAGUUUUCUGUGGUCUCAGCUCAGCUUUGGUAUAAUUUCUCAUGCUUAUCAAAUUCUAUCAUUGUGGCUUUUCCCCCAAGUUGUUAUUUCUCUAAUGCAUUUUCUUUCAUGUUCUUCUAGCACAGAUUGGCACUGUUUUAUCUACCCAUCAAUUUGGAAGCUAGUCCCUCUCCUCUGUUACUUUCCCUCCACUCAACCAUAGCUGUAAUCUAGAAAUAGUCAUAUUUCCUGCUACUGCCUUCAUUUCUCAAAACUUUUUGUGAAAAUAGGUAAACCAAGCAAUAACUUUAUAGGAUUGAAUCACGAUCCCAAGAAGUGAAAGGCUCCUUUCAUUUGCAUGAGGCCACAACUCUUGAUCUCUUCUGACAAAGUAGCGGGCCAGGUACCAUCCCCAUUCAGAAGGAGAAGAGAGAGUCCUGUUGUCACACAAAUGGAGGGGGCAGUGCUUGCAGCGUUGUCUGCAGGGCGGUCCUGGUGACUCCCAUGGAGGAGAGGCAGGGCUGAGGACAUAGCCUUUAUUGCCGCAGAACCGGAAUUUACCCCCCCAAGACUGUGAGGGCCAUGUCCCAGCUGAAAUCUUUUUAGUGUGUGACUCUGAAUGGCACUUACAUUCCAUUUUGGCUCACAUGAAAUCAACUGAAGCCCUUUGUUCAAGCUUUAGGCUCUCAGGCAUGGAAAUGAGAAUGUGACUGUCUGUGGCUGGCUUACAGGACAAUUCUUGUUUGUCCCUGAAUGAGAGCACAGAGGCAUUGAAUUUACAGAGAUGCAAACUUGCCUAAUAAAUGAGGCAGUGGCAUUUUAUAUGUAGGUCAUCUUUUUUCCUUCUCCGGGCUUCCUUGCUUUUCUUCCCAGUCAUUCAUUUCUGAUGAUAAUGUGAAUGCUCUUCUUGCUAUUGAGGUCCUAUUAUCGGGGCUAAAAAAAGGCUGAAUUUUUAAAGAGUGUUUGAAUGUUAUAUUUUAAAAUCAAAUUAAGGUAAUAAAUUGCAUAGAUCCAGCCAAUUCUGUUGCAGGAAUAACUUGUUAAAACCAAGGGAGAAAAAGCACCCACAUUUCUCCUCUUGUACUCCCUGCCUCCUACAUAAUUUGAAGACAUUGAUGAUGAGUGCUCUCAGUCACAUUAGGAUUAUCUGACUUAAAAAACGGUGUCAAGUCUCUUUAAUGCAUUUAUGUUAGAAGAGAGUUUAACAGCCUUGAAGAAAACUUAUCUUUCCUGCUGUGAGUUUGCAUCAAUGAUUUCAGAGCAGAAUGAGGCUAGAAAAUUGUUUGCUGUUAACCUCUCUGCAGUGUUUUACACCUACAGGGAACUGUAUGCCCUACCAUAAAGAUGAAAAUAUGCCUGAAAGAGGAGUGUUCCUUUAUUGACAUGUGUUAUUGAACCAGGGCCCGAGAGGCCUGGGUUCUUACCCUGUCUCUACUUCACAUUGGACAAUGGGCAAGGCACUUCACCUCUCUGAGUCUGUUUCCUCACCUUAGACCUCUCUAAGUCCACUUCAUCUAUCUAUAUAUCGUUUGCCUGAACACUGCUGAACAUUUGCCUGAACUUGGCUUCUGCAGCGCUUGCAGGUGGAAACAACUAUGGCAAGGCUUAAGGCUCAUUUUGAGGGGGCUCAGAGAGAGAGAGUUCUGUAUUGAGCCUUUCCUGGUGAUGACCCUUGGUAUUGUCCAAAGCCCUGUGUUUUUGACUGGCUUCUCUUCAGAGUCUCCGUCGUUAUCGCAGUAUCCUUGCUGUUCUAAGGGUGGUCUUGUGACUGUGGCAGGUGCUGGCCAGUGGAAUGAGAAUAUCUUCAUCCUUCAGUGUGACUAAGGCAGAGCAUUAAGAAUUCCCAGGGCAGAAAUCCUUCCUGCUCAGGCUUUUAUUCUAAAACUACAGUCUUCAUUAAAGCUAAACUUUCUGGGUAGCUGAGCUUAUAUGCCUGGCAUCUGAAUGAGAGCUCUCUUUGUAACUGUGUGACUUGAGAUCUCUUUUGCCAGCUCCAGGGAAACAAUACAUGUGUUCUUGUUUGUGUUUGCCAGGCAAGCAGCUGUCUGAGAUGUGAGAGGCUUUUCUUUUCCUGUGGCAUUGAUUCUGACUUAGAGCUAAAAUAAAGAUCACUGAAACAUCACGUCAAGUUGAAGAAACCCACAGGUCUUUGUCCUUUAGGCAGGACAGGAGAGUUACUAAGAAGCAUUUCACUGCAGCAUUCUGUCACACUAUCACCUAGAAUUGUUUUCUUUGCCCAGAAAGCCUUAACUUGCCUCUAGAAAAUCCCCUGGUAUUACAACAAUAUUGUGGCAUUAUAAUUUGAAUUUUUCCACUGUGAAAUUUUGAAGCAAAGUCACAGCAAAAUUGGAGAAUUUCCUUAAGUGGCCGGUAGACUCCUUGUCACUUUAUCCGCCCCCAAUCCCCAACAAUAUGAGAGAUCCAGACUAGCCAAAUGCCUCAUCUCCAGCACCUUUCUUUCCUUCUUGGCCUUAUUGUGUUGUUCAAAGCUGCUUUGGAUUACUUGGAUGCUUCAAAAAGCCAUGAAAAGUGGCCUGCUCGUGGCAUUUAGAGGCCAGGUGAUUGAGAGAAAGGUUUUCUUCUACCUCUGUUAUUUAAGCAGAGGUAAGUGCCCCCGUCUUUAUAAAGUAGGAUUGCUUUUGCCAAAUUGUAUCUGAAGUUAAGAAAAGGGGAACUGGCCUCUGCAGGCAGAGAGAACUGGAAUGCCAUCUAAAGCAAAGGCUGCUUUCUCUUGCCUGUGUUGCUGCUGCUACUGCAUCCAGAUGCUGUAGCCCAGGCAUCCUCUCGUAGUGGUCCUGGGAAGCAGGCUGCAGAAUCCAAUUUGCCAGCCCUUCUGAGACUCCAGAAAGUAGAUAGCUGCUCAUUUUGGAAGAGUCAGCCCCCCGUGUUCUCUGAACUGUUUUUCCCAGCAUGUAUGUGGGUAAAGCUUUCAUGUAUCUCUAAUGAAUAAGCUGAAGUUAAUUUCUAACUGGUGGAUUAAGUUUUAACCUUCUGAGUUUCAUGAAGUUCUCAGCUUUUAAACUAAACUCCUAUCAAUUAGUAACGAAAUCUACAAAACCUACCUUCUUCUCAUUUUGGUCCCCAUUAGCCAAAAAAAUGCACUAUUGCCAUAAGUUGGGGACCGUCCACUUAUAGCACCUGCAGAAAUACUCUUUGUCUCAAUGGGCAUUCUUCUUCCAGACCAUCCACAUUGAGCAGCCAAGAGUCACCUAGAAUAAUUGCCAACCCUCUUGGUUUCAGCACCAACCACUUCUCUCCCAGGCUGUUCAUGUGGGUGGACGAAGUUCCUGGGCAUAGAAGUUAGGUUUUGUUCAGGUUUCAUUUUGGCCUCUUUAGUUUUCCUAAAGCACAAAUCCAUGUAGAACCCUGUCACCCCUCCACACCAGUUCCAGACGACCUGGGUCUCUCCCACUGCCUCAGGAAGACCUUCACUGUACCUGAGCUUUUGACUUCUGCCACUGCAGCUGCCUUAGUGAUGCCAGGGGUGGGGGGAGGGGGUGGGAAGGGUGGAGCCGAUUCGCAUCUCUCCGUUUCCUGGUUAGACUCAUCAGCCACAACUUAUGUUGGCAGAUCUGCUUCCAGAUUGAUUUUUGAGAACCAUGACUUUCACAUUCCUAAUUCUGGUUUGUUUUGGUUUUGUUUGGUUUUCUGAAUCUUAAAAUGCUACCCUGAAAAUACUGUAUUUUUGAGUUUGUGUUCUGAAAGCCUCCAUGCUGUUGGAUCUUUGGGGGGAAAUAUAGGAUCCUUCAGCACUGAGGUGUUUAAGAUUUGCAACUAGCAAUGCAAUUUUUUCUAAAUAUGAGGAUAUUUACCUUUAUCAAGAAGUUAUACUAAACAAUUGUGUCCUUGAUCACUUUAUGUUCUCAUAUUACUUUUGAUUCUACUUUGAUUCUGUGUGGUGGUAAACAAAGAUCAUUACAAAAAAAACUGUAAUUUUGUUAUCUUUGAUUCAAUGGAAUUUCUUUACUUAAAAAAUAAAGACUAAAAAUGUGG